AUGUCGAAAAAGAGUGUUGGUGUUGAUAUGUUAUGGGCGGCCAUGGAUGAAGAGGAGGCACUCGGUUUUGAACAAGGAAAGAAUGUCAUUGAGGCAAAGGGCUCCUACCUCGACCUUGACCUUGAUAACUUCCUGCCUCAUUAUGUAGGCAAGUAUCCACUCAGAUAUAAUAAGAGACGAAAUAUGUGGGCAAUCUGA